AUGGAUCCCCUUUCGAGUGAACCAGAGCCGGCUCCCCGGCCGUCGCUGGUUCCUCUCAGCCCAGGCCCAAGCGAGAGUGGUAGGCCGCAACACAGAGGGCCAGUGUUGCUUGAAGAGGAUCCGAUCACUCACCAUAGUGAGGGUUUGGAUGCCCUUACUCGUGCUCCACCAUCGCAGCUAGAUGAGCAUCGUCCGCGAGAACAAUCAGGGCAGCAUGAUGUAUUAUUGUCACUCCUUCGGCGGAAACUCCACGAGCUUACAGACACUGUCGAUGUGUUUGUUUCUAAGCUGGAGGAGCAGAGCGGUCGGGUCGAAGAACUGACAAAGCUGAACGCGGCAUUGGAAAGCAAUGUCAAGGAGCAGAAAGACGAGAUAAGUCGAAUAAAAGCGCAACUAGGCGACGCACAGAGUGAACGGAUUCUAUUCGAAGCUGAGAGCAAGAGGGCCGCUGAAGCAAAACUUGAGGAGAAAAGAAGAGAGUUCGCACGAUUACUUGGCGACAAGGACAAUGAUAUUGCCUCACUGCAGGGGAAACUUGAUGAGUCCGUGAAGCAAGGGCAGGCUCGGGUUGAGGAAGGAAAACAGCAACUUGCCGUUACGAAUACCGAACUGGGAGACCUCCGCGGCCAGAUAAAUACCCUAAAGGCGCAGCGCGAGAACCUCAAGAAAGAUCUAGAGGCACAGACGAGUCGGGUUAACGCUCUCGAAACAGAGCGGCAACAGUUUGCAAAGGAAGCCGAAGAAACCAAACAGACCAGCCGAGAGAAGGAACCCGAGCAGAACCUGUCAAACGUCCGAUCACAGCUGGUGGCAUUGCAGGCGGAGAACACGGAACUCAGGGAAAAGGCGAAAAAGCGAGAGAGUCGCAUUCACGGACUGAAGAAACGGGUACAAGAGGUAGAGGUGGAGCUGGCAAGCGCGUCCGAGCAAGCUGGUAAGGAUCUGGACGCCGCACAAAGUCGCAUCACCGAGCUGGAGAAGCAGUCCAGUACCCGGCAGCAUGAUCUCCAGGAUAGUGAGACAGAGCAGUCCAGGUUGAGAUCGGAGCUGUCGAAUGCAAAUGAGCAGAUCGAGACACAUGAGAGAGACUUGCUCAAUGAACGACAAGCAAAUGAGGUUCUUCAGAACCGGAUAGCGCAGCUGGUUGAAGACGUGCGACAGAAAGAAGAUGAGGCUUUGAAGAUCCGAGAGCACAUUACUACGGAAGAGGAUGCUACGACGAGUCUGAGGGUCCAGAGGCUUAGCCAAGACCUCAAGACAGAGAAGUCUAUGGUCAAUCGUUUGCAAACGGAGUUGGGCGAGAGGGUGGUCGAAAAUGAGAGGCUCAAACAGGCACUCGUGGACCUGGAGGGGCGGGCAGACGAUGCCAUGAAAGCCCGUGAGGAGGCGGAGCGGCAGCAAUCCGUGUCUCAGACAGAGCGCGAUGCAAAGCUUAUGGCCGAUAUAGAGAGAAUUCGGGCUGAGCUGCAGGACAAAGGCCGUCAAGUGUCCGAUCUCGAGGCUCGGCGGGAUGCGUCAAUUGAAUCCGAUGCACGAACCAAGAGGGAGAUCGAAGAGCUCCACGGAAAACUACGCGAUGCUGAGCUUCGAUACCGUGAGGAGAAGCGCGGCACAGAGAAGCUCCUAUCGCAGAAGACCUUCCUGGAAAGUAAACAGACACAGCUCACUCAACAGGUCCAUCGCCUGACCAGUGCUCGGCAUCGGGCCCAGUCGGACGUUGUAAGAAAUCUACAGCAGGAAAUUGCUACGAGGGAGGAGGCCAUCACUGGACUUGAAACUCAACUUCAGUUGCUCGGCACAAGACUCAAAGACAUCCAGGGAUUUGCAUUCGAGCUGAAAAGAAAUGCAGCGCGGCGGACGAUAGACGACGGCUUCGUCCGAGAUCGCCUUGAAUAUGAGUUCAGAGAUGGUACGCGGCACUGGGCAAAGACAUGGGGUGCGAAUAAAGUUACCACUGACCUCCAGCAAUCUGACAUGGGCGAACUACGCGUGCAGCUGCAGAAGGUGGCGGAGGUGAGAACAGACGUGCGGCUGGUGGUGCAGCUGGAGGCCCUCGACCCUCGUCUGGUGGUGGAUGCACUGCUAUCGCGAUAUCUUGUGGAUAAUAUCUUCCUGGAAUCGUCUAACGCGGCUGGAGGACAUGACGAGGUAUCCAUGGAAAGCGCCUUGUCUAAGUUCCUGAUUGAACUAUACAAGACUUUUAUGCACGUCGACGAGUCCAAGGCACAUUCCUGGAGGUCACAGACUCUUGGAUUGUUCAAAGAGUCUGAACUGGGAUCCGUGGCAGAGGAAGACAGUCCCAGCAAAGGCGAGGGCACCAGAGAUUGGUACGGCCUGGCGCAGCGAUUCCUCCAAGGGCCCGUCCGAUUUUUUCUCAAACCCGUCUCAAGCUCCGAGCACCAAGUCCAGGUCGAGCAGCUUGUCGAGCUGAUGAGCGAAACUGCAGAUCUCUCUCGCUACAUUCGGCGGCAGUAUACAGCGCUGCAGAUCCGGGGAUUCGAGCACUACCAAGGCCAGGCAUUCCGUCACGACUCACCGGAGAUGGAGCUGGAUCGAUAUCAUCGAAUGGACCCUGAUGAUUCUCGUCGGGAUGGCGACAGAAUCCGCAUGGUCGUUAAGCCGGGAUUCUUCGCUCCAGGGCCAGCAAACGGGGAGCGCAAAGUAUGGGCAAAAGCAGUGGUCCUCCUUACGUAG